AUGCGCAUUUGUCUUCGGUCUUGGGAUCAUAAGCUUUUCUCUCAUGGGCAGUUGUACACUGCACUCUCACGUAUCCGCCAUCGCGAACAUGCUCGAGUGCUUCUUCCCCCUGGAGCCAACGUAACCUACAAUGUCACCUUCCCAGAAAUCCUACUUUAA